GCCGACACUGCAUGUCCACUGUUGAUCCAUACAUUCUUAGACUUCAAUCUCCUCGACUAACCUUCCCACUGACCCCGUCGCCCAGCUCUAGCAACAGAAAUACGCACAUACACCUCUCUCCUUCGCCAUGUCUACUCGCGGGCAAUUCAACACCAAGAACCCCACUAUCAAGCGCAUACUGAAAGAAGCUUCGGAGCUCUCUCUAUCGCCCUCUCCAGACUACCACGCUGAGCCGCUAGAAACCAACCUCUUCGAGUGGCACUUUACAAUCUGCGGCCCGCCGGAACCGUCACCAUACGCAGGCGGCAUAUACCACGGUCGCAUCAUCCUCCCCUCUUCGUACCCGCUGCGACCGCCAUCGUUCCGCUUCCUGACCCCCACUGGCCGCUUCGAAGUCAAUCGCGAGAUAUGCCUCAGCAUAUCAGGCCACCACGAAGAGACAUGGCAGCCCGCUUGGGGCGUCCGCACAGCACUCGUCGCGUUGAGAAGCUUCAUGGACACGGAUGCAAAGGGCCAGCUGGGCGGUAUCGAGUGCAGCAAGGAAGCCCGCCAGCGCAUGGCCAAAGAGAGUGGAGCGUGGAAGUGCGCGGGGUGCGCAAAGAGCAAUGCCGAGAUUAUCGAAGAGAGGGCUGCGCUUGUCAAGGAGAUUGAGGAAAAAGAGGGCAAGAGGAAGGAGGAAGAAGUGCCUGAGGAGCUGAGGCUGGCGUAUCGAGAUGAGCUGGGCAAAGGCGGGGAUGGCGAUAGCAAGAUGGAUAAGGGCAAAGGACGCGCAGUCGAGAGCGCGACUGAUACAGGGUCUGCUAGCAAGGAAACAGUGGCUGUGACUUCGGGAGUUGGUGCAACCACAGCGACGGCUCCAAGCACGAGUCCUGUUCAAGCUGCACAUAGCGUGCCGGUGAUAAGACCCACGAGAACCACACCUGCACAACCGCCACUCCAGCAAGUCACGCAAACGAGUUCUGACCUUGCUUGGAUUGACACAUGUAUUUAUGGCUUGGUGGCUGCCCUGCUGUUCAUGGUGGUCAGGAAGUUUAUUUGAGCGGCUUCAUUCAGCGUCCAUGUUUUGAUUGGCGUGCGAGUUUACAGCAGCAGCAACAUGGUUUUUUCUUGACAUUGUUGUUAUUUUGGCUAGCGAGGAGUUCUGGUUAGGUUGAUAGUCUUGCUUUACCCAUCCUUGAAAGGACUUCUCAAGACUUUAUUUAUAUACAUUAGAUGUUGUUUUGGCG